AUGACACUGUUGACAACGAACCCCGACUACAGAAAAUAUGCAACAUUUGCCGAAUUCGGCAAGGAUGAGUCGCAGAUGCGGAGCAGCGAGGAGCUCGAGGUGUUCGGCACGAGCGUUCUCAUGGCCAUCGACAAGAUGGUCGCGAGUUUUGACGACGUCGACGCGGGCGUCGCGCAUCUGCAGUCCGUCGGCAAACUUCACGCGAAGCUGGAUGGCUUUACACCGAACAUGUUUGCGAACAUGAAGGACGCUUUCAUGUACGCAGCCUCUGUUGCCUUCGAGGAUCGCUACAACGACCAGGUCGAGCAAUGCUUUCAAACGUUGUUUGACUUCUGCAUCAAAUAUAUGCAAGAGGGUUUACAGAGCUGA